GCAGUGCUUAGUCUGAACAAGAAGCGCACGGGAGAGAUACUAAGAAGUUAUCAACUGUUCCAGCCAUGACCCCUGAACAAGUACUAGUGCUGAGGAAGUUUCAUGUCUACUGCACUGGAAGAACAAAUGGAGCUCAUCAGUCCAUUGUUCAGAAGCUUAAAGAUCUUGGACAGACUGAGGUGAUGCCUUCUGAAGAUUGUGACUACCUUCUGGUUUUCUGUCCCAUCACUUCACGAGUUGGAACAGACAUCAGUGAGGCCAUGGACCAAGUCAAUCAACAUUAUGGAGAUAAACCAAUCAUCCUGGUGGUGAUGCAUCACACCUUCGAUCCUGAACAUGUUGUAGCUGAAAGUGGGCGACACGUGGAGAACACAAAUGUCCUCCUCACCGUGGACACUCUGUUUCAUGAGGACAAACUCCUCAACUGUAACCGCAAUGACAUCUCAUGGUAUGACAUCAGGAAAUCUCUUCCUGUUUCAGAGCCUAACUGGAGUCAACCUCUCACCAAUGGGGUGAAAAAAAAUCUAAAGUAUAUCAUUGCAGCACUCUGCAUUCUGUGUCUUGUAAUUGCCAUCAUUGUGUGGGCUUUUACAAGUCACAGAAAGUCUCAGGAUGCUUCUGGUAUGCAUAACGAAACCAGAUGGAAGCAGGAUAAAUCCUUAUCCUAGUGCAUUCACUGUAACAUGCAUAUGAUUCGUAUGUAUGUUUUUGUUUAUACAUUGUAUUUACUUGACAGAAAAGUCAUAGCUUGUUUUUCUUUUUUUUCCUUGUGGUUGGAUGUCUAACUGCAUUUAGUUGUGUAUGUACCUGUACUAAAAGCAAUGACAGUUAAAUUGAAUCUAAUCUAAUAGAUGAUUUGAAGGCACAAAAUAAACCUGGUGUAUCUUGCAUAUAUAAUUAACAACACAUUAUUGGUAUUAGUGUGCUCUAGUGGUGAUGUUUGCUUAUUCUUUUGAAAUCUCUUUUGACCAGUGCUAUUGUAUCUGCAGAACAAUAGAGGAGAUCAGUAUUUAAAUGUGGUAGAUCUGCAGAUAUAAUCAUUAGGCCUAAAGCUAGAGGUGAGUUCUCUAUGAAGUCUGAAUUAAAUUAGUGGAUAAAUUCCAAUAUUACAAUGAUUUUGUGCUUCCUUGAUGAUAACCACUAUAUAAUGCUAUCAUUCAGAUGACUGCUGUCUCAUUUUAACUUGUAUAUUUGGUCCUUGAAGGUUGAAGGUUGAAGGUUGUAACACACUGCAUGCACCAGCUUCUGGCCGCGACUACAGGUCCGGCUCUUAUUCUACUUCUGGAUCAUGGAAUGACAAUAAACAAAACAUCAUUUUUUUUUUACAAAAGUUACUUACAAAAGUUAAAUGUGCUAACUGCAGGUUAACUGUGCUCACUGUAAGCUAACUGUGCUAACCAUAAGCUAAUUGUGCUAAAUGUAGGCAAAGUGUGCUAAUUCUCAUGUUGACCGAGAUGGUACCCCUGGGAUUAGCUCCCGUAGCCCCUUCAAAAUUUCCCAGAGGAAAUUUUCUAGUUGGUAUUAAUGUGUUCUUGUGAUGAAAGCUGCUUAUGAUUUUGAAAUCUCUUUCCAUCAACACUAUUGUAUCUGCAGAGCAAUAGAGGAUAUUAGUAUUUAAAUGUUAGUAGUGGAUAAAUAUUAGGUUAGUGGAUAAAUUCCAAUAUGUUUUUGUGCUUUCUUGAUGAUAACCACUAUAUAAUAGGGGUUUGAUACGUACCUCAGUUUACAUGGUCGGUCCAUUUUGGGUACAGUAUGGGAACAAAAUGCAAAGUCUAAAUUUGCUUCCUUAUUUGCAUCUUUAUUAUUUGUAAAGCAGACAUUUUUUUUUCGACAUUAUACGAAACAUUAAAAUAAAACAAAAAAUAGAAUUUCAUCGCAAA